GUUUUGAGUCACAGGCUUCAGGCUCAGCCAGUGAGAGGCGCUGAAUUUAGUUCUGCUGAAUGGAUUGAGCAGAGCUCUGAAAGCUUGCAUCAAUUGGUAGACUUUGUAGCGGCAAUUAGCUUGUCCUUGAAGGCUCUAUGCUGCUGCUGUUUAUAAAAGCUGCGUACACCCUUUCUUCUGAGAAUCUUCAACACCGCGGCGCGGACUGCAGCUGGCCGUGUCCUGAUAAGUUCAGAUGCCAGUGGCAGAAGGGCGUGGCUUAAAGGUUCACCAAAGAGCUGCGCACUUCUUUAGUCUUGUCGCUGGGUUUCGCUGCAUUUGAAACCUAGUAUCUUCGCUCUUCACCAUGAACAUCAUGGGCAUGAUUGGGGGAGUCCUCAAAUACCUUGGCUAUGGAGCUGGAGGUUUAGCCUCUGUUGCCUUGGUUUUGUUGGUGGCGCUUCAAGAUAAGCUGGUCUAUGUUCCCGUGAUUCCUGGUCAGCCUAGGGAGUACCCGUAUACUCCGGACAGGCUUGGGUUGGAGUAUGAAGACGUCUGGUUGCGGGCAGCCGAUGGGGUCAAGUUGCAUGGUUGGUUUAUCAGAGCCACGCCACGGCUGAGAAGCGAGGCUGCGGUCACUGGUCCUACCGUUUUGUUCUUCCAGGAGAACGCCGGCAACAUUGCUCAUCGCCUCGAGAAUGUGGUCAUGAUGAUCCGCCAUCUGCGGUGCAACAUGUUCCUGCUGUCGUACCGCGGCUAUGGGGCGAGCGAAGGAUCGCCGACUGAGAGAGGGCUGGUCAUGGAUGCACAAGCUGCGCUCGACUACUUGCUGAACAGAGAGGACAUUGAUCCGGACAGGAUCAUUGCCUUCGGACGGUCGUUGGGGGGGGCUGUUGCGACACAGCUAGCGAGGAAGAACCCAGGGGAGCUGAGAGCGGUCAUCCUGGAGAACACGUUCACAUCGAUCCUGGACAUGGCCGGCAUCCUAAUGCCCGCCCUCGGGUACGUCAUCGGUGGGAACGGGUACAAGCCGCUCAACUUCCUGGUGCGGAACCAGUGGCGGACUCUCGAAGCGAUCCGGGAGCUGAAAGAGCCCAUCCUGUUCCUGUCCGGCCUUAAGGACGAGAUGAUCCCCCCAGCAAUGAUGAAGAAGCUGUACCGCGCCGCCACCAACGCACAGGACCGUGUGUACGUGGAGUUUCCCACGGGCAUGCAUAUGGACACGUGGCUGCGGGGCAGGGAAAGUUACUGGCAAGCGCUGCAAGAUUUUCUGGGUGUACAGGGCGACACGAGGACACGGACUCUCGAAUCCCAGAAUCUUCGAAAGUAAGCUCUCUGAAAGUAUGCUCAGACUCCUGCCGCUUGCAAGUAUGCGCGCAUGCAAUGACGUUAUAUCUAGAAAGCCACCGUAAAGGGGAGGUAUCUUUGAUGGCAAGGCUUUCGGACGGCUACUCAGGUUGAACAUAGUAAGAUGCUCCAACCCCAAGCCCAGGUGCACAGAUGUUGUUUCCGUAUAGGAAUAUUAAGCAGUAAAGGUCGGGCGCUUCGUUUGAGCGUUCUCCCAUGUCAAAGCACUGAGGUGUUGCAUCAGCUUUGUCUGCAUUUUACCACAUGAACCUUUCUAAAAGUAAUCACGUCAGUCGAUAUGUUCAGAUAGACAACACUUACAGUGGCUCAGCCGCCUUAGUAGGUCGGUCUAUUCCCACCAAGCAUAGGAUCUAAAUGCAGCUUGAAUGUUGGCGCUAUACAAGCAAGCAUAUGCGGAAUUGACGGUAGCUUUUGUGAUCCGAUCUGAUAGCAACCGGACUGAAAGGAUGUCAACGCCUUAUCGGUCUCAAGGACGUGGCUCCAUGGACAUGAUAGCGAGAUGUUAGGUUGAACGAUUAUGCAAGAGUUCAUGGGCCAGAGCUGUAGAUUCUGUACCAUAUCAAUCAAAAGGUG